AUGCCUCCUAGCCAGUACCAUAAGCCGGAGACCGCUCUAACAAAAGCGCGUGAACUUAUAAAAUGUGAUAAGAAAGCGAACGCUCUUGAAAUUCUUUACGAUGUGAUGCGAGUUAGGCGAACAAAACAAUGGCAAAAAGUUCUAGAAGAAUUAAUGAUGUUGUUCGUCGAACUCUGUGUAGAGUUGCGGAAAAAUAUCCACUUCAGGAAGGCUAUCUAUCAGUACAAGAAUAUGAGCGUGAUGGAAAAUACGGCUUCUCUUGACCAAGUUAUUCGCUACUAUUUGAAUCAAAUUAAGAGUAAAACUGAAGAAGCUCAGGAAGAGUCAAAAAGUGCUAUUAUGGAUAUUGAAGAUUUAGAUAUUCUGGAGACACCAGAAAGCCUAAUGUUGAACGCUGUGAGUAAAGAGGGUACACAAGAUCGAUCCGCAAGAACAAUUCUAAUGCCAUGGUUGAAAUUCCUAUGGGAUUCCUAUCGUUUGGUGUUAGAUUUGUUACGUAGUAAUUCAAAGUUGGAAAAGUUAUACCAUGAAGUCGCUCAUGAUGCGUAUAACUUCUGUUUAAAGUAUGGCCGAAAAACGGAAUUCAAAAAACUCUCUGAAUUGAUUCGACAACAUACCCAGAAAGUUCAAAACCAGUUACAACCGAAUGCACCAAACGCAAUAAAUCUCAAUAAUCCAGAAACGCAGACACUACACUUUGAGACUAGAUUACGACAACUGGAUUGUGCAAUGGAACUAGAAAUGUACAAUGAAGCCUUUAAAACAGUCGAAGAUAUCUGGAGUUUUAUGAUGAUGUCUAGAAAACCAGCUAGCCCAUUAUUAAUGACAAAUUACUACUCGAAAUCAGCAGAACUUUUCCUACGAUGCGGUUGCCAUCUAUACCAUGCAGCUGCUCUGCACAAACUGUACACACUCUACCGAGAUCACAAGAAGAAUUUGACACGUGAAGAGCUCUCAAAACUUGGAUCUCGUGUCCUGUGUGCAACUGUUGCCAUUCCUUUACCGAAUGCUAAAGUCAAUGCAGAUAAAUUCUUACUGUCUGGCGAAUACACUGCUAUGAAACAGAAAACGCUUGCUGGCCUUCUAGGUCUUCUUCAAGUUCCGACUCGUCAAAGUUUAAUACGUGAAUUAGUCAGGCAUAAAAUACACACUAUUGUUCCAGCAGAUUUGGCUAAACUUUAUCAAGUCCUGGAAGCUGAUUUUCAACCUUUAAAACUUUGGGAACUUGUUCAACCAGCACUGGAAUAUAUGACCGAGUUCCAAGAUCUUAAAGUCUACAGUACACAACUGCAUGAUGUUAUUGUCGCGAAGACUCUACUCCAGCUAUCUCAAGUUUAUCAAAGUUUAAAUUUUGAAGAAUUUGUUAAAUUGUGUCCAUUUAUGGAACCUCUUCGGCUGGAAAGAUGUGUUAUCGAGUUAAUUCAUAACUUGGAAUUGCCUAUUCGUGUUAAUCACUUAAGGCAGGCAAUAUUCUUUGAUAAAUUUACAGAUCUUGGGAUCAGUCAGUGUGAAUAUGGUGGACAGCUGGUAUCUCAGUCAACACAUGUAAAUGAUCCGGAUAAAUUAUCGCGUCAGUUAACAAUGUUUGCACAAGUUAUGCAACAGAUAACUGACAUCCUGGAAGUUGGCCAGUCAUCACUGGCUAAUUGUCGACGUGUACUAGUCCAUGAUUAUCGUAAGAAUGAACAUCUGCUACACAGUGAAUUACUGAAUCGCCGUUACCUAAUUGAAACGCGUAAAGAAGAAAUUGAAACGUAUCAAGAUAAAAAAGAUCAGUACUACAUGAGUGUUGAAGCUCGACGUCAAGCGGAACAAGAACGUCUCUUGAAAGCGGAAGAGACAAAUCUUGUCCAGGAAGCUAUACAACGUGAACGAAUGAAAACAGAAGAUGAAAAGAAUCGUUUAAAACUACGAAUGGCACGUACCUCCUUGAAAAUGUUUUUGGAUCUGAAAAUCGACACGAAAUUAGAUUUGAAAGAGUUAACAGAAGAACAGUUGGAGAAUUUUGAUGCAGAUAAACUCAUCAAUAGACAAAAACAAGAAGUUAAGAAAAAGCGUAAAGAACUUGCUGAAAAAGCUAAAAAUAUGGCUAAAAAAUUGGACUAUUAUACACGUGCAUGUCGAUUAGAAGAAAUUCCCUUAUUACAAGCGAAUAUUGAACCAGAGGCUAUUCAAGCUCGUGAAUUAUUUGAACAAAGUGCAAGAGAAAUUGAAGAGCAUUCAAAGGAAGAACAUGCACGUCAGUUGAAAGAACGUAAUCGGUUAAUUCGAAUGAAACCUGAUGUACAGCGUCUUGUCAGUCAACUGAAAGAGGCACGUGAUAAACGCUAUAAGGAAAAGCUAGCCGAAUGGGAGGCUUUAUGCGAUGAGACUCGUUCGAAACGACUGGCAGAGAUACAAGCGAAACGAGAAGCGGAAGCUGAGGCUGAAGCACUUCGCCGUGCAGCUGAAGAGGCAAAGGAACGUGAAGCACAGAAACAACGUGAAUUAGCCGCUGAAGCUGAACGUUUGAAACGGGAACAAGAAGCUAAAGAAGCAGCAGAACGUGAGGCUGCUCGUCGUGAGGAAGAAUCUAAAUCUUGGAUACGUGGUGAAGUUAAAAAAGAUGAACCUCCUAUAGCUGGUGCUGAUUUCGGUCGUACACGUGCAGCAGAAGUUACCGUUAAUCGUGACUUCCGAAGAGAUGAUGCUCCUAAACCAGACUUCGGCUGGUCAAGAGGAAAUAAACGAGUUGGUUUUGAAAACACUCCUCCGCAACGUGGCGGUGCAAAUGAUUUCGGCAGUCGUGGUGGGGAUCAAUUCUUUCGAGGUGGUGGUGGAGCACGAAGAACGAUGCCUACAGAAUUUGAAGCUGCUAUGCAUGAUGAGGAUACUAGUGGGGGCGGUGGCGGUUGGACUCAUGUUGGAUCUCGUAGAGAAAGUGAACGUCCACGACCAUUUGGCAGAGGUGGAGGUACCAUGGGUGGUGGAUUUAAUCGUGGGUUCAAGGGUCCAGAUACAGACAAUAGUGCUAGUUCCCUACCAUGGCGUAGAGAAGGUCCAAAUGCUGCAGUUAGCGCUGCACCGGCUUUUGAUGAGCCACGAGGUGGUGGCAUGAGACGUCCUUUUGGUGGUUCAGGAUUUCCUUCACGACUUUCUAGUGCGAUAUCUGAAGACAGAAAAAACUAA